GUCCUGAACGGCUCCGCCAGCGCAUUCUUCACCAAACCGGAAUAACGUAGAGCUGACAGUUCCACAGACACGGCGACAGACGGCGGGGUUUAUAGCCACACCAGCCCGAAUUCAGUCCAGAACAACUCGACGUCUCUUGGUGUCUCCACGGGCGGAACCGUGUCGAAUUCGCGGACUAAAGGGAGACUUUAAAGCGGGACGGAAAGGAAGAGAAGCAGGCAUCCGGUUAGACGCGCUGGCUCACCGGGCUGGAGUCCAACUUAAGCCGGACACUUUCAGCUGUUCUCCUCGAGAUGCGCCCUGGACUUGCUUUUUAACAACAUUAACCGUUGUUUUUGAAGGUUAUGUGUUAUUUAGAAAUAGCUUAGUCUUUGUUUGCUUUUCGUUGCUAGUUGUCUGAUAUAAGAAAGCUGAAGCUCGGAUGUGAUUUAUCUACUCAGCUGGCUGGGCAGAUAGUUUAGGUUUUGGUUAGAUGUUCAUAGCUUGGUUACAUAAUAUUUCUUCCCUUUUGUUACCGGUAGAGUAACAUUUUUGAGUUAAUCCUGCCUUCUUACGUCCUCUUUGGUUACCAAGUCUCUCGCAGGGUUUGGUUUGUACGUCUAUGCAUAUUUUUCCUCGCAGCAAACCUGUCAGAGUUCCUUCUGGUUGCCAAGUCUUGGUGCCAGGUUUAUAAAGGCAGAGAAUAAAGAACCACAAGGCAGAUUUGCUUAUCUUAUCUUUAGCUAGGCUGCCGGUGCUUCCCACAUCCAGUUCUCUUUUAAAAGCUCUGCAUUGGUGAGGCUCGAGCUGGCUGACAAGUGAUAUUUUCUGCCUGAAUCCUCUGAGCUGGUCUGACUGAUAGCUAUGACAUUUUCCAACAGUUGUUUUGUAUCUUCAGGCUUCAAUAGUACUAGUGUCUGCUCUUGGUGCCAACGCUGCAUUAGUAAUAUUAGCUAACAAAAGCUCCGAUCGCCCCUUUCCGAAUUAGUUACGGCAUAUCUAGUUGUGACAUUUUUACUAGUUAGAUCAACUUUUCCUUCCCUUUUUUUGCUACAAGAAGUGUGCAGAUUAGUGUCACUUGACUUGCUGGCUGGUUCGAAGCCUAUAAACUCAACCGUUUGUAUCAAGUCAAGUGUAUUUUUGUAAAAUCGUCAACUCCUAUACUAGGAUCUUAGAGGAAAUACACAGGUUUGCAGUCAGACCGUAUCAAGUUUUAGUGGUUGGUUUUUCGUAUCUCAGAGCUGAAUAAAAAUGUCAGGACAGUCCAUCACAGAUCGCAUCGCUGCGGCCCAGCACAGCAUGACUGGAUCAGCCAUCAGCAAAGCCGUCUGCAAGGCCACAACGCAUGAAGUCAGUGGACCCAAAAAGAAACACCUCGAUUAUCUCAUCCACUGCACCAAUGAGAUGAAUGUGAACGUGCCCCAGCUGGCAGACACUCUGUUUGAGAGAACCACCAACAGCAGCUGGGUCGUGGUCUUCAAAGCGCUCAUCACCACACACCAUCUAAUGAUGUAUGGAAAUGAGCGUUUCAUCCAGUAUCUGGCCUCAAGAAACACACUCUUCAAUCUGAACAAUUUCCUUGAUAAAGGUGCAUUGCAAGGCUAUGACAUGUCCACGUUCAUCAGGCGGUACAGCAGAUAUCUCAACGAGAAAGCUCUUUCCUAUAGGCUGGUAGCUGUGGACUUCACCAAGAUGAAGAGAGGUAUUGAUGGAGUCAUGCGCACCAUGAACACAGAGAAGCUGAUCAAAACGUUGCCUAUCAUUCAAAACCAGCUGGACGCGCUGCUGGAUUUCCAGGCUAACCCUAAUGAGCUGACUAACGGAGUGAUCAACGCUGCCUUCAUGCUGCUCUUCAAAGACUCCAUCCGUCUGUUUGCUGCCUAUAAUGAGGGCGUUAUCAACCUGCUGGAGAAAUACUUUGAUAUGAAGAAAAACCAGUGUAAAGACGCUUUGGACAUCUAUAAGAAGUUUCUGUACAGGAUGACCAAGCUGUCAGAGUUCCUUAAAGUGGCUGAGCAAGUUGGGAUUGAUCAGGGUGACAUCCCAGAUCUCACUCAGACAACUAGAGGAUCUUACCUUGCUCCCAGCAGUCUCCUGGAGGCUCUUGAACAGCACCUGGCGUCUCUGGAGGGAAAGAAAACCAAGGAGCUCUCCGCUGACAACAGAGCCAACACUCUGUCCAAUGCAGUGUCGUCCCUGUCCAACACAGGCAUGUCCUUCUCCUUCUCAUCCAGCAGAAUGGAUGAAAAGGAGAAACAACAGGCCCUGGAAGAGGAACAAGCCCGUCUGCAAGCACUCAAGAACCAGCGUCUAAAGGAGAUCGGCAUGCAGACUCCCUCCGCCUCGCCCAGCACACAAUCUAUGGGCAGUGCCAACAACCACAGCGCAGACGUGGACCUUUUCACCAACACCACAAGCCCACCAUCAAUCAACAGCAUGCCAAACCUCACCAGUGACUUGUUUGACCUCCAGCCUGCCUUCGUUCCUGCUGUGCAGAGCACUCCUAUCUCCACUGCCAGCAGUGCCUGGGGAGGUGUAGGUGUAGAGAGCAGCACUCUUCAUUCCAUGACUUCCAUGCCCACCAUGAAUGUAGAUUUUGAUGCUGUAUUUGGGACUAAAGCUUCCAAUACUGACGUGAAGCCUUCAGCUGGCUAUGAUGCAUCAGGAGACUUGUUGAAGCCUACGGUGACAGUUCACAGUCAGACGCCGGUCAUGCCCCAUCAUACAGGCGGUAAACUGUUGGCCAAUGACCUGGACUCAUCUCUGGCCAACCUUGUAGGCAAUCUGCAGUUUGGGGGAACACCAGGCAAAAAGUCUGAUAUGCAGUGGACUCAGCCUGGAGAGAAGAAGUUGACUGGUGGCACUAACUGGCAGUCAAAGACAAUGAGCAGCACUACUGCCUGGAGCCCCGCCCCCCUGCCACCUGCUGCUAUGCCACCUGCUGCCAUGCCCGUGCCACACAUGGCUCCUGCUCCCAUGGCAUUUCCCAUGACAACACCUCAAGUGCCUGUGUAUGGAAUGGUUCCUCCUCAGCUGGGACAGAUGGGAGGGGUUCCGGUCAUGACCCAACAACCCAUGUUGUACAACCAGCCUGUCCUCAGACCCACUAACCCUUUCACACCCAUCCCUGGAGCCCAGAUGCAGUUCAUGUAAGUAGCAGUUCAGCAGAGCGCCAAACAAGAUGGCUGAAAAGAACACUGAGCGAGUGAGAGGAGGAUCCCAAUACCACCAAAUAAAAGCAGGGCGAGACAAAAAGAAAGAGCAAUGUGUUUGUGUCAAGAAUGCUUACCUCACUGUCUGAAACGGCUCACCCAACACACACACACACACACACACACACACACACACACACACACACACACACAUAUCCCGAAUGAGAGUGUACACACAGUUUCAUUUCUCAUCUCUCGGGGUUCAUUUCUUUCCCGGGGCACUGUGUCUACUGACAGGUGUGAUACAUCAUGGAAAUCCUGGAUUUUAUUGCUGGUAUUAAACUACCGGCUCCACUUUUUUUUUUACUUCACAAUUAAUAUGAAUUAGAUGUGAAGCCCAGCACAGUGGACUUCCUGUUACUUUCAUCGUUUGCUCUGUUAUGAAAAUACAUGAGCUAAGUUCAGGAAAAUGGUCACUGUUACCCAAGAAAAAGCAAGUUGCCACAUCAUAAACGCAUUUAAAUGGCUCAUUAACGCAAUGCCCCGGCUUCUCAUUUCAGAACAAGGAAAGAAGCAGACCUCUUACAUAAGGUGUUCUGCACCACCCAAGCACUUUACACAUGCAUUUAUGUGUAACAUAAUAUAAAACUAUGAGCUGGUCUCUUAUAUCUAGCAAAUUAGUAGUCUGAUGCUAUCAAUUAACAUCUUGCUGUUACUGGUGGCUUCCAUUCAUGGUCAGUCAGUCCUCGUUUGUUUAUGCAGGUUUAGAUGUUGCCGUUUCAGACAUGCUGGUGGUCUUGCACAUGCACCCAAACUUGAGUUCUGCGAGCCACAUGAAGAGCCCCCUCUCGCUGGCCCCUACCUUGUUUUGCCACUCCCAGGACACAAAUAAACAUAUCUGCUCCCGCUCUUCUGUGUUAACCAAACAUGUCAUGUAUACACGAUUACAUCUCACACUCCCAGCCUGGGUGCCAGUGACCGGAAGCAUUGCAGAAGGGUACAGGGCGUUUGACCCUACUUUAAAAUCUGUGUUUCAGAUGGGGGUUUUGUUCAAUCCUAUGUUUUUUAAAAAAUCUUUUUAUUUCUAUAAAGCAUGUUAUAUAUAUAUAUAUUUUUAUUAUUAUUAUUAUUUCAGAGAAUGACAUGAAUCAUGGUCUGUUUUAUGCUGCCAAAUUAUGUACUUUUUGUGAUUUGCAAAGACGCCAUAAGCUAGCUCUCGUACCCAGCGCCUGUCAUCAUGGUUCUUUCUCUCUGAAGGACGUGCGUAUCGGUGUUUGCCAAUCUUGGAACCAAAAUCAAUACCUAAAAUCUACUUUUGGUCUGUUUUUCGGGCAGUUCCUCGGAUUGUGAGGCACUGUUAACACAGGGUAUCUUUGUUUUCGCUUGUGCAGCCAAAGCAUUAUCAGUCCUCCUGAAAUCCCUUUAACCCUUUCUAGAACAGGUUUUCAAUCCAGCCUUCACAUCAUCCCAUAAUUCCUGCUUUAUUUCCUGAAAUUGUGUUAAGUGAUGGCAUUAGUUUUUGUCCUGAAUGGACCGAUGGAGUAGUUAUACAGUGUAGUGUUAUGCCUCAUCCUUGAGGGGUUUUAGAAUCACUGCUGUUCCUAAUAAUGGCACUUAGCAAUUGUUAAAUUACAGUAAACCUUGAUAUCACUAGGUUGAUUACUGCAUGUAGUUGCCAAGGUUUUAUAAAACAAAUGCAUAACGGCAAACAUUUAAUCAUUUAUUAAUAACAAGUGAUCCUUUUUGCCAAGCAGUGUGAUUCUUUAGCUGUAUUUAGCAGAAUGGUUGCCAAGCAACAGAGACACAGCAGUGCAGUAAUAAUGGUGUAAUGUGCUCACAGGUGUUGUCUUAGCCAAUCACAGUCAAGGGAUGGAACCAAAAGUUUGAAGAUCUUUUUUUGUAGCCAAUGAAAAUGCUCUCCAGUUUUACAACACCAAGCAGUUAUGACAAAGUCUUUUGUACAUUGUAAUAAUGUUUUAAAGAUGUUAGACACUUUUCCAAAGUAUUUCCAUUGGAUGUGGUCCACUUAAAGCAGGGGUGACCAAACUCUUUCUUGCAUAGUUUAGAUCCAUCCCCAAUCAGACACACCUGGGCUAGCUAAUCAAGCUCUUAGUAGGCUUGCUAGAAAUUUCCUGUCAGGCGUGUUGAGGCAAGUUGGAGCUAAACUCUGCAGGACACCGGCCCUCCAGGAACGAAUUUGGGCACCCCUGACUACAUGUAUGAUAUACAUGUUCUUAUUUGAAUUUCACAUAUAUAAAAUGUCAUAUAUGCAACAUACACUCAAAAAUUACUUUGACGGCUUGUUUAAACGGAGUUAAAACAAUUCUUAAUAUUUUUGGGACAACUUAAUUGUUUCGUUCAAUACACUUAAUCAAUUUGUGUUGUGACAAUGUGAAGGAUUUGUGUAGAUCCCAGCAUUUUUACAGUGUAUAUUGAAAACAAUUUCAAGUUUUUCAACGUCUGGAAUUACUCAAUUAUACAAAUAUAUUGAAAUAUGUUGCAUAUAUUAUACAUGUGAAAUUCAAAUAUGAACUUGCAUGGCCGGUACUGUGCAUAUACACUGUAAAAAGUGAUUAGUUGGAAAAGUUAGUAUACUCAUUGCCUUCAAAUUAAUAAAUAAAUGAACUGUGCAUAAUUAUAUAAGUAAAGUGAACACAAGUUACAACAGAAAUAAUUAAUUUUUUUAAGUAAAGUCAACUUGUCAGUUCAAAGGCAAUAGGUUUGCUCACUUUAAGUAACCAAUUUUUACAGUGUAGUGUCAUAUACAGUUGAAAUCAGAAUUAUUAACCCCUCUGUUUAUUCCCCCACCCCACCCCCCAAAUUUCUGUUUAACGGAGAGAUUUUUUCCAGCACAUUUCUAAACAUAAUAGUUUUAAUAACUAAUUUCUAAUAACUGAUUUAUUUUAUCUUUGCCAUGAUGACAGUAAAUAGUGUUUGACUAGAUAUUUUUCAAGACACUUCUACACAGCUUAAAGUAAUAAUAAAAGGUUUAAGUAGGUUAACUAGGCAGGUUAGGGCUAUUAGGCAAGUUAUUGUAUAACGAUGAUUUGUUCUGUAGACUAUCGAAAAUGUAUAGCUUAAAGGGGCUAAUAAUUUUGACCUUAAAAUGUUUUUAAAAAAAAUUAAAAACUGCUUUUAUUUUAGCUGAAAUAAAACAAAUAAGACUUUUUUCCAGAAGAAAAAAUAUUAUCAGACAUACUGUGAAAAUUUCCUUGCUCAGUUAAACAUCAUUUAGGAAAUACUUUAAAAAGAAGAAAUAGGGUGUAAUAAUUCUGACUUCAACUGUAUCAAAUUUAUGUAUGGAAACCAAAAUAAAUCCACACAGCUCUGAAACAACUCAAGUGAAUGAGAGAGUGUAUGUUUUUGGGUGGAUUGCACCUGUUCUAUACUGCUAAUCUGACCUUCCAUUGGUUCAGGUGUGGUCUCGGCACUUGUGUUUUGCUAAAGACAUCAGCAAAUCAAGUUUGCUAUAAUCUGUGCUGUGUGACUUCAUGCCCUUCCUUUUGUAGUAACAAUGGGUAUCACGUUUCUCAGCUUGCUUGUUUCUGUGUGCCAGCGUUGGUUACUAAUUCCUUAUUGAGCGACUCUUAACAAGCUUGUGAGUUUAUUCUCCUUUGAGCACUGUCAGGGGUACAGCGGGUUCAAACUGAAUGCUUUUUAUAUGCAGGCUCAGUGUUGAUGCACUCGCUGGGUUUGCAAGGUAACAGGGCACCGAGGAGCGGUGCUGUUUAAUUAGGAUCUAUUCUAUUAUCCUGUUACCGGAGGCUUGAGUUGUGAAUGUACGUGAGCGAGAGAGUGAAUGUAUGAUCUGGAGCUCCAGGGAGGGUGAAGGAUCUCAAGAUGUGCCAUCGUGAGCCGGGGUUUCCAUAGUAAUCUCCAGUUUCUGGUCUUUGGCACAGGUUGCUGAGCACAUCUUUCCCACAUUUGCUUUCUCUUGGUCUUAUUUGUUUAAUGUAAUUAAAGCUCUGCAUGCAUUAGACUCUGCAAGUUUCUUUGGCAGCCUAUGAGAGCAGUGCUUUUGGAUCACCUGUAGGUUUCGUUGACUUGUUUUAUUGGCAUCGCUUUUUCACACCAAAGGCUUUUUGUUUUACAUGGUUUUGCUGAGUUGCUGAGUGUUCAGAACAAACUUACAUUUUUUUAUUUACUGUAGGAGACGUUCUUGCUUCCACAGCUCCCCCUUGUGGUUACUGUGUGGCAUUUUAACAGCUGGUGACCCAAGUGUUUUGUUUGGUGUUUAUGGGGCAGUUGUGCACACAAAGCAAAUGUCUUGAGUGUAUUGGACUCACCGCUCUACAUUCAUCCUUUGCUUUAGCACUUGGCCAAACUGACGAGCUGCCAGCUCCAGUGAACUUCUGAAGAACUUAGCCUGAUUUUAUUCGGCUCGGCUCAUUAGCUGGCUGGGAAAACUGGACUCAGCCUUUCAGAGUUGAUGUGUCAGCAUGAGUAUCAGACCUCUAGUGGGGAGGCUUGGUGUUCAGGACCCCUUUCACCUUUAUGUUGGAGCUAAAGGCUUUUUAGAUGGGCUUUUUGUCUGCUGCUGCCUUAUUAGCAUGUUUUCUGUUCUUAUUUUCCUGUUACAGAGAUAUAUGCAGUAUACUUAGAACUAUAUAUAUAUAUAUUUGGUAGAAGUGCCGUCAACCCUGUGCAUCAGCCCAGGGAAACAAUGCAGUAACUUUAAUUUAACCAUUUAUCAUCAAAUGCCAAAAGAAAGGAAAACGCAAAACCUAUUACCUAGUUUAUGCUGAUGUAUGUUUUGCAAGUUACUUAUGCAGACCAUAAGGGGUCAUUCAGUGAAAAUAAAAAGCAGAAAUUGUGGGAUAAUUGUGUUUUAUCUUUUGGUUGUCUUCCAUUUUUUUUUUGUUUGCCUUGCAUUGAUACCAUAAAUAAAGUCCAUCGUCAUUCCUGAUUUGUUGGUAUUUUUUUGCUUUAUUUUCUUUUUAUUUGUCUACCGUCUUAUUCAUCCAAUCGAAUUGAAACCCCAAGCAGAAUGUUUGAACUUAUUUUAUUUAUUUUUUUUAGAUGACCUGAUGCCCGGUUCUUUUGUUUCUCUUCUCUGGCCUCUUUAAAUUGCACUUCAUGCCUGCCUCACGGCCCAUAAUGCAGGGUUUUUUCUGAACGCACGUUUUAAAUACCUGGUCAAAUUUGUGUAGUGCCGUGUUGUGUUGUUUUCAUGUCUUGUCAGUGUGAUUUCUGUUGAAAUCUAUUGCACGAGUUUCACUGCAACAGGAACCACCUCAUUAUUUCUUUGUAGCACUUUUCAACAGUGGACUCAGAAACCGCAAAAUCAGCCAAUGUUUUUUUUGGUGUAUCUUGUUUUUAACAGUUGAACGUGUAUGUGGAGCUGAUUAUAAUGUUUGGAAAGGUUGUACAGCUAUGCCUUCCAUCUUUUGGUACUUUUCCCCAACUUUGCAACAAAGUUUUCUGGCUGUUCAGUCCAUCUACAUGAGAAAAUCAGUAGUUAAUAAGAGACCCUGAUUUCACCUGGUAUGCAUUUUCGCUAAUCUGAUCACAAUUCAAGAAGCAUUUACUGUUGCUUUAAUAAUCUUGUUAGCACACACAAUAUAAACAUAAAAUGCAAUGUAUACAAUAAAAGCAAUCCCAUUGCCUUUUAUUAAACUAAAUGGUUGCAUUAACCAAUCAUAAAACUUUUGGACCGAAUGGGGAAUGUGCACACGGACUUUUAAUUGCAGUCAGCCAGCCCCAGGGCUUCUGGAGAAUUGUCAUCCCAUACAAAAUCGCUUUUUGUUUAAGAUCUGAUUUCUUUAAAAAACAGUGAUCUUCACUGCCUGGCUGAGAUACAAUAUAAAGUGGGUUUCAGAUCAAGCAAGAAGCACUACAUAAAAUUAUAUUUUUUUUCUUGCCAUGUCUUUAAAAUAUGUAAAUUAAUUUUACUCCAGUAUUUUUUUUUCACUAGCCUGCUGCUAGUGACAGGACCUGCUUUAACAACCAAAUGAACGCUUGAAUCUAUUAAACUGAUUAUAUUUGAACUACAUUACCACGUCGAUGCUGUACAUAAACCUUUCACCGGAAGUUCAUCAUUGGCUGAAAAACACUAGCUGUGCAUAUGCUGUAGCCCAUUGAUCCACCUUAAAUUAGCCUACAUUUUAGUGCAUCUUAUGACAUCUUACUGUUUCCUCUUACUUUGUCAUGUUGUAUAUCACUUUAGCAUAUCGUAAUGUGUUACACAGCCCAAGCUAGCAGGAAAACAAGCAAAUGAAAAGAAUUUUGAUGGUAAAUAUGAUUUCAACCGUAAUCGAUGUGUUUCAGUAGCACCAGAGUAAGGUUGUUUAGGUGUGUUUUCUCACAACGUUUCCCAUAACAGCCACAUCUCAGCAAACAAUUUUGUGUUUAAUAGACGUCUAAUAGACAUCUAAAUGUAGACAGCUUGGCUAAAACAAGGCUAAACUUGGGCUGCCAUUUGAAAAUGUAUUAGACAUCUAAGUUUAGCCCCCCACCCCCCCCCCCCUUUUCCGAAAUGGCCCCCCCACCAAUUUGAGUUUGAGACCCCUGAAUUAGAUGGGUUUUAUAUGUGUGGUCAUUCGUUUCGGUGUAUUUGAUGACUAGUCUAGUUUUAGACUAUUCUUAGACGUCUAUUAGAUUUUCAAUGACAGCCCAAAUUUAUCAUUGUUUUAGCCAAGCUGUCAAUGUUUAGAUGUCUAUUAGACGUUUAUUAAACACAAGAUUGUUUGCUGGGAUGUGGCUGUUAUGGGACAUGUUGUGAGAAUACACAUCCAAAUAAGAUAUUCUUACGUUGGGGCUACUGAAACACAUGGAUUAUGUUUUGACGUCUAUUAGACAUCUAUUACACGUCUUUUAAUUGAUUAAUGCAACCAACAAAAAUGCUUGCUGAGAUGUUGAUUAACAAGGUGUUUUUUUCUUUUGUGUGGCUGUUUGAAUGCAUUUAACCACAUGAAUAUCAAUAACCAUGAAAUUAAUCUGUAUUUUAUUGGUUAAAAAAUGGACGGACGCAAAGCCUUUUAGCCUCGCCUACACCCGUAUUAUUCAGUGUCAUCCUCUUGUGAUCAGAUUGAUGAAAAUGCAUCUUAAACCAAGUUUUCUCUUAUUAGUUAUUUAAACUUUGCUCUACUUUUCUAAAGGGUCACGCUGAAUGAUUUGUAGCAGUGACUACUUGAGAAACACUUCUCCAUCAAGUAUUUGCACACUCUGGGGAAAAGGAAUCAAACAUGCCUGGUUGUGUUUGUACACCAUCAGCUCUGGCAGAAUGCUUGCAUCGGUUGUCAGUGAAACUUUUAAUCUGUAUCUGAACACCGUCAUCGUUGACUCUUCAUCUGCAACUGCCUUUGGUUUGGCUGUGAGCUUCACAAAAAUCCACACAGCACUGGUUGAAGUCAAAGAUCUUAUGAUACCAGUCUCUCCUCAACUGUCUGUCUUUUUGUACGCUUGCACUGAGACGCUCGACACAGGACCAAGAGGUGUGAUGGACUGAACUCCAUUUUCUUUCGACCGCUUUCUAAGUUCUACCUGUUUUCUUGCAUGUUUUUGUAUCUGACAUGCCUGGGAAAGUUUCACAGAUCCAUGUAACGUUUGCGAAGUUCUAUUAAAUAUGGUGCUGUUUUUUAGUAAGCAGUUGUCGUCGUAGUGAUGGACGGGUUCUGUGUAUAUCUGUUCUUUUUUAUGAUUUAUCAGUGGUUGGUUGUGCUGAUCUGGUAUGUUAUAUUCCUCCUUGCGAUUUUUGCUUGAGUCAUUUUUUUUGUAAGUUCUUUCAUUCUUUCUGUCUCGGUCUCUGUUUUCGUUGUCUCUGUAUUUGUGAAGAAAAUUUAUGGUUGCAAGCCUCUAACCUGAACCAUGAGUGAAUGCCUUGUGAAUAAAUGGAUUUAACGCUCGCGCUCACCGGUUUCUUAAUAAAGGACAUUUUUAACAGAGUU